UCAUUCAUUCAUUCACAGCCAAACCGAAUUGAAUUUUGUUAGAGGUAUAGGUAUGACGCAUUCUAGAUUUUGAAAAUCAUAAUAAAUUAUAGUAAAUCACUGAAAGAACAGAAGUUAAAAACCAGAACGAUAAAAGUGUGAAAUACCGAAAAUGUCCAGCGAAACAUCAAAUAAAAACUUUUCCAACCUAGAAACCCCAGGGUAUGUUGGCUUUGCUAACCUACCCAACCAGGUCCACCGGAAGUCUGUGAAGAAGGGCUUUGAGUUCACUCUUAUGGUGGUUGGUGAAAGUGGGUUGGGGAAGUCCACUCUGGUCAACUCCUUGUUCUUGACAGACUUGUACCCAGAGCGAGUUAUUCCUGAUGCUAUUGAAAAGACCAAUCAGACUGUCAAACUUGAUGCGUCCACGGUGGAAAUAGAGGAGCGCGGAGUAAAGCUACGCCUGACCGUAGUGGACACGCCAGGAUACGGAGACGCCAUCGACAACACUGACUGCUUCCGCUCGAUAAUCCAAUACAUCGACGAACAAUUCGAAAGAUUCCUGCGUGACGAGAGCGGUCUCAACCGCCGUAAUAUUGUCGACAACCGCAUACAUUGCUGCUUUUACUUCAUCUCGCCGUUUGGACAUGGGCUGAAACCGCUGGACAUUGAAUUCAUGAAGCAAUUGCACAACAAAGUCAACAUUGUGCCAGUUAUCGCCAAAGCUGACUGUCUCACCAAGAAGGAGGUGCAGAGGCUCAAAUCUAGGGUUAUGGAAGAAAUCGAACGCGAAGGCAUUAAGAUCUACCCCCUGCCGGACUGCGAUAGUGAUGAAGACGAGGACUACAAGGAACAGGUCCGCCAGUUAAAAGAGGCGGUCCCGUUCGCGGUGUGCGGCGCGGGCCAGCAGCUGGAGGUCCGCGGGCGGCGCGUGCGCGGCCGCCUCUACCCCUGGGGCGUGGUCGAGGUCGAGAACCCCGAGCAUUGUGACUUCAUCAAGCUCAGGACUAUGCUUAUCACUCACAUGCAAGACCUGCAAGAAGUGACCCAAGAGGUUCACUACGAGAACUACAGAUCUGAACGACUCGCGCGCAGCGGACAAGUGCCCAAGCGACACACAUCAACGGAGAGCGGACUGAGCGAGGCCGAAUCUAACGGACUUACGAACGGAUCUGAAGAUCCGUCUGACCGCGAACGUGCUCUGCGUGAAAAGGAAGCCGAGCUCCGUCGCAUGCAGGAGAUGUUGGAGCAGAUGCAGCGCCAGAUGCAGAUGCAGGCGGCCAGCGGGGCCAGCACCACUACCACCGCAUAGUGUACGCGCACCGCUCAGCUGGACAUUAGUACGGCUGUCCAGCUGCCGGCAUCGUGUGACGUCGUCAACUCUAUUCUACGCGCCAUCCCCUAUUGUGUUACUUCCAGUUAGGUGUAACUGUCGUACACACUGUAACGUUCAUACAAAUAUAUCGCACGAAGUAAUAUAAAUAAUCGACUAAACUAUUUCAGAGAUUUGUUGAAAAUCGACUUAUGUUUGUAAAGAGAAGUCGAUUAAUUCCAUCACUAGAAAUGAGUGCUGCCAUAUGUACUUGAGAUUCUCUCUUAAAAAUUACACACUAAUGACUUUUCCGCGGUCAACAGGAUACACAAUUGUAACUAGGUAAUUGAAUUUUAAGACCUUUAUAUUUUGUGGAAAUGAAGUAUUUUGUGGAAAGUAAUGUGCAAUACUCUUUCUUAUAAUACGUAGCCAUAUAUUUUAAUGAACAUUACAGUCAUAAGUAUUAUUUUCUUACUCAAAUAUUAUUUUCCUUUUAUAUUUUAUAGGACGAUUUUAUUAUAGGUAUACCGAUAUCUAUAGCCUAGAAUGUUUAUCUCUCUAUAGUAUUAAGAAGAAUGCAAUAUUUACAGAGCGCAGAAUAUUCCAUGUUUAAUUGUAUUAAAAGUUUAUUGAUAUGACGAUUGUAAUUGUAAUUUAUAAUGAUUUAUGCAUUUGACUGUUUAUAGAUAACAUGCUUAAAAGUUGAAAUUCACUAGGGGUCACGUCACGUUUUAAAGUAAUAUUUCUGUAUUUGUGGAAGUGUGACAGUGCACUACCCGGCGUAUCGCGGCAUCUCUUUUCCAUGAAAACCCACGAAAAUAUUACUUCAAGAAGCGAUGUUAGGCCCAUUGAAGAGUUGUUUUAAUGCAGUAAAUUAAUGUGGAAUAUUUUGUAGAACUUAACUGGGUAUGUCUGUGUUCUACGUAUUAUUUUACCAAUCUAUUAUAGUCUUUGAAUAUUAAUUAUGACUGUUUGUAAGCAGACCAGUGGCGUAGCUUACUUAGGUGGCACCCGGUGCGUAACGUUUUAUGGUAAUUUUCUAUAGUAAAAACAUGGAUAAUUUAUUAUUAUUUAUAAAAUUGAAGAAAUAACAAAUUAACUGAGAUUCUAGAUAGAACUGAGCUAGUGCUAGUGAAUCCCCCGAUUUAAUGACACCCUGUGCCCCCCCCCCCCCCGUAGCUACGCCACUGAAGCAGACAUAACCCCAGUUAUUCUGCCAUGAUAUGAAAAGCCCCAUUUCGAAUAUAUAACACUAGGUUGUGUAGUGUGGCCUAUAUUGUAUCGAUCUGACUUGCAUUUAUUAUAAUUAUCGGACUGUGCCAUUCCGUUCUCUGUUUUUUAUACCUUAGUAAGUAAAUCCCGUAAUUUCUAGUUCCUUUAAAGCUUUCAUUAGUCUAAAUGGUGUUUGUCAAUUAAAUGUUAAUGAUUCGUAUAAUCCUGGGAAAUUGCUAAUGAACUGGUACUUUACCUCAUUAAGGGUCACGUGUCGUCCGUCAUAGAUACAUAAACAAUUUAUCUUCUAAUAUUACUGUGUCAUCAAUUUAUGAUACUAAAAUGGCGGCCAGAUAUAAUAUAUUAGCAAUUUUCCAGGUAUAGAACUUGAUCUAAUUCGAUGUUUCUCGUCCUAGACGCUUUUACAAAUCUGUAACUUUAGACCUAAAACUAAAAACUAGUCUAGGGUUUUAAAUAACAAGUUUCACUUUUAAAUACCUCUUCAAACUAGCUAAAACUAGUAUGAACCGGUAUUCAAUGGUGGACGAAUCCAAUAGAAUAAUUCAUCGUCUCCUAGAAUAUAUUAAUGUUAUGCCUAAAUUAGAUAUGCGAGAUUUUCUUAUUGAGACAAUUAUUAUUAUCUGCAUUUCUCAUUGACUAAAGUAUUAUAUUAUUUACCAUGA